CGAGCACUGUAAUUAUCCUUGAAUUUUGCGAUCCUUUUUAAGCAGUAACGGUUCGCGUAAGGUGAAUUAAAUCUACGUUUUGAAAAUUGGUUGUCUCCCCCUUUUCGAUCAUGAACAUCCUCUUCAGUUCUUUUCUAUUUGUUUCAGCCAUCAUUUGAAAAUGUUUUAAUUUUUACUCACCCGAAGGACAGACAAAAAGCACCCGUAUUACAUAUCUUAUUGUCAUAUUUUAUUUAGAACACAGUCAUUUGCAUGACGUCUAUUUUGAAUUGAAUCAUACUUUUUUUUUCAAAUACAAUUGUUCAUGGAACAUUGCAAAACAAUUCUGAAACUUGAUAUUGUUUGAAGUUUUGAAUAUUUCAAAUAAAUAAAAUGGAGUUAAAAUUCAAUGUUAGGCACGAAGUUAUGGAUUGUUGAUUAAACAAAAAAUGUAAAAACAAAUGAGCUUCGUUAAGAUUAAAAGAUGAGUAAACGUAGUUUGGGUGCAAAUAUUGAUUAACAGGCCGGUUUGUAUUGGUUACAGAAUAUGAUAUUUAACACCCGGAAAAAAUACAUCAAAACGACAUUAGCAUCAUAAUUCAGGCCUUUCCAUCCGCAGGCAAAGGUAGAAGCGGCAAGGAUGAGGAAAACCUCAUACGACUCUUCGUCAAUUGCAUGACCAAAUAAUUAAAACCCCAAAUCUUAUAUCAGUCUUCUGUGCGCUGGAGAGGCAAAACAUAUAAGUCCGUUUCGAGUUGUUUGAGAAAACAAAAUUUUGUAUGUGCAUUCUUUUUCAGUCAGAGGACAUAAAAAGUUAAUUAUAAUGCAAAGCAAUUAUAUUGCAAGUUAGUUGCAGCAGCAGAAACAAAAAGGUAUUCGAUCCUAUAUUUGUUUCGGGACAAGUGUAAAGUUAGUGUGUGACUUCUUUCUAAACUUUCGUCAGGGUUUCAGAACAAUUUCCAUGUAUUUUGAGACGAUCGUGAUUCUGUGUUUCCUGUGGACAAGGGACUGUCUGGGUGUCGUGAUUGACAGCCAGUUUUCGUUUGUUGGCUGGCAGGAUCAUUCCAUCGUAUCCCUUCUACCCACGGUGUAUACACAGUCUCCAGAGGGGUCACUGUCAACGUCAAUCCUUUGUGCAUCAAGAUGUUUUCAGACUAAUCACUGCCAUGUAUAUUAUGUCUGCAGGUUCAACGACCAAGAAAUCUGUGUGUUGUCUCUUCUGUAUGACCAAAACACCGCUCAAAAUGGGUCGCUGAAAUGCAAGGCCUACAAAUUUAGAGGCGACUGUGACAGUGACGCAGUAUCCAAUAGAUACAGCGGCGCAUGUGUGAAAUGUUCGCCAGACUGCAUACACAAGGAUUGUGAUGACGUAAGAAUUACACAUGGAAACGUCACGGGACAUUACCCUCUGUCACUAGGCGGCAGCACCGUACCUGUAAGGUGUGAUAUGGACACGGAUGAUGGCGGAUGGAUGGUGAUGCAGCGCAGAUUGGAUGGCGCCGUUGAUUUUUUCAGAGGUUGGAGCGACUAUAAGACAGGGUUUGGUAACCCCACGGGAGAAUACUGGCUAGGGCUGGACAAUGUCCAUGACAUUACGACUGGUGGAGACUAUGUCCUCCGGAUUGACAUGGAAUACUCCUCCCAGCAGUAUUAUGUUAAAUACUCAGACUUCAACAUCCAGUCCGAGGGUGACAAUUAUCGAAUGAGCUUCUCCACCUUUUUGGGGGGUAACACAGGCGAUAGUUUGUCAUGGCACAAUGGGAAGGCUUUUACGACCUAUGAUCGGGACAAUGACGAGAACGUCAAUAACUACGACAGCCCGAACUGCGCCAUCGCUUUCUAUGGAGCCUGGUGGUAUUCAAGCUGCCACAACUCAAACCUGAACGGGAAUUACCAGAAUACUUCAUUUGGCAAAGGCAUCAACUGGAAUUACGUCACCGGCUACUACCAGUCACUGACCAAGGUGGAGAUGAAACUGAGGCGGUCGUGAAAUCUACCUUUGAUUGACGUGACCAAUGUGUAAUGGAUAUAACUAUCGGGAUGAUGUGUAGACGUUACACAAAUUUGAUAUUCUGAAAAGAAUAUAAAUAUUUAUUUUGUUUUCCAUUAUUGACCAUUCACUUGUGAUCUUGUUCAUCAUUUUUUACCCGAAAGUUGAGGAAAUGACGGCGUAUUGAAUAGGUCUACUUAACUUACAGCUUAUAAUUCAUAGUUUCCUUGUAUAUAGUAGAACAUAGUGAAUUAUUUCAUUGUCAUUUUAUAAAUCAGCACUCGCUUAGUUUUAAUAUAGAUAAAGUAAGUACGAGUAUG